AUGGCAGGUGGUGAAGGUGAUCCACCACUACCCGGAGUAGACACUCAUUUCAGGCCGACGAUCUUUAGAAACCCAUCUCCAAUUGUUACACCAGUUUUAAAUGGGAGAGUAUUUGAAAUCCGGCAUCAGUACUUGGCUAUUUUACCAACCUUUAGGGGAGUUGCAUCAGACGAGCCUUACACACAUUUGAUUGACUAUGCAGCAAUAUGUAGCACCAUUGGGAAACAAGGCUUUACACCCGAAGAGGUAAAAUUACGUCUUUUUCAAUUUUCACUCAAAGAUAGAGCUAAACAAUGGUUUUCAACUUUACCAUCUGAUAGUAUUCGAACAUGGGAUGAAAUGCAAAGAACUUUUCUUGAGGAAUACUAUCCGAUGAGUAAAACUAGUGAAGCUCGAAAUGCUAUCAAAUCUUUUAGUCAACAUGUUGGGGAAACAUUUCAUGAAGCCUUCAAACGCUUUAAUGAAAUGCUUAGAAUGUGUCCUCAUCAUGACAUCCCUAAAUGGGAUUUGUUCAAAAUUUUUUAUGAUGGUUUAGUUACCGAGGAUCAAAAAGUUGUUUUUGCAUGUAGCGGUGGAACCUUUUUAACUCAUGAUGAGAAUUAUGAAUGGAAUUUUUUAGAAACUUUAAGUAAAGGUUUAAAAAUUCAAGCUUCCGCUGAUCGAAGUGUUAAACCACAUCAAAUUAAAGUUGUAAAUGACCAACCUAGUAAUGAAAGGUUUGAUGCAUUAGAAAAGAAAAUUGAUAUGAUUUGCCAAAAGUUGGGAAAGGAUGUUUCUCUUGUUUCGCAGGUACAAGAGUUAUGUGAAAUAUGUGGAGAUAUGGGGCAUGUUGCUUUUGAUUGCCCUAUGAAUUUUGGAAGUAACGAAGAUGUUAAUCAAGUACACGGGGAAAGAAAUAUGAAUUCUAACACGUAUCAUCCCGGAUUGCGGAAUCAUCCAAAUUUCCGAUACGGCAACCCCGCUAAUCAAAUGAAUCCUAACUUUCAAGGAUCAAGUCAACAAGGUGGACAACAACAAUUUCAGCCUCGUCAACAAAACUUUCAAGGUUUCAAUCAGGGUGGGUACCAACAAGGAAUAACUCAACAACAAGGGUACUCAAGAAAUUUCCAACAAGGUCAAAGUCAAAAUCAAGGCCAAGCAAGUUCAUCACAAGGAAAUGCAAACAAUGAAGGUUCAACCAAGUUAGAUGAGAUUUUAGGAAUCCUAAAAGGGGUGGUGCAAGAACAAGAAGUUCAAGGUAAGACCGUAGGAUCUCUAACCCAACAAGUUGGUCAACUAGCGGAAGAAGUAGCUAUAAGACGACCGGGAAAGCUUCCAAGUGACACAACAAUCAAUCCACAACAUCAAGGAUCAUCAUCAAAGAGCAACAAAAAUGCACACGUCAAUGAGGUAUGUGUUCUUAGAAAUGGUAAGUCUUAUGAGCACAAUGUUGAAACUCCAUCAAAAUUUGUUGAAGGUGUGGUGGAGGAUGUUAGUGAUGGAUCCGAUAAUGACCAAGAAAUAGAAACUCAUGUUACUAAAACUCAACCUCAUCAAGCUUUUAAAAAUUCAACAAAUCAAGAGGUUGUGGGUAACGAGUUUACUAAAGUGAUGGAUAAGGGUGUGGAGACUAAUACCGCCCCAUAUCCUUCCGCUUUAGUAAAUCCUAUGAAAGCAUCGAUUUAUGGGAAAAGGGGACCCCAAAAUGAGGAAAUGUGGGAUGUAUUUAAGCAAGUCAAAAUUAACUUACCAUUGAUUGAUGCGAUUCGUCAAAUCUCUUCUUAUGCAAAAUUUUUGAAAGAUUUAUGUACUCAAAAACGACAACAUAAGUUACCUAAGAAACUCGAUUUGACAGCUAAUGUAAGUGCAAUUUUGUCAAGUUCUCUCCCACAAAAACUUAAAGACCCCGGGGCACCCCUCAUUUCCAUCCAAGUGGGUGAUGUUAGCAUUAAACGAGCACUAUUAGAUUUGGGAGCAAGUGUUAGUAUCCUCCCGGGGAGUUUAUAUGACCAACAUGACUUUGGUCCACUUAAGCAAACUGACAUUACUGUUGUAAUGGCGGAUAUGUCACCUAAACUCCCUAGGGGAAUGCUACAUGAUGUAAUUGUGAAAGUUCAAGAUUUUUAUUAUCCCGUUGAUUUCUUAGUGCUUGACUCCACAUCAAAACAAGUAGAUAAACAAGCUAAUGUGAUUUUGGGAAGACCUUUCUUGGCUACAGCCAAUGCUCAAGUUGGUUGUAGGGAUAGGACUGUGGAUCUCACUUUUGGAAAUAGGAAAUUAAGACUGAAUGUUUUUACUAAUGCUACUAAUCCUUUUUCUGAAAAUGAGUGUUUGUUAGUGGAUAUGAUUGAUGAUUGUGUCCAAUCCUACACUUCAUGUGUAGAGGAGGAUAACAACACCAAGGAGAAGAAUUUUGUUUAUGACAGGGAUGCCUUGGAAGAAAUUAGAAGCAUGAUGGAUGAUGAAUGUCCCGAAGUGGUCUUGGCAAUUGAAGAAAAAAGACCACCUUGGACCGUACAAGUUGAAAGCCUUCCCGAUCAUAUUAAUUCAAAGCUUAAGCCAUCUCUUGAAGAAUCACCUAAGGUAGAGUUAAAAGAGUUGCCUAAACACUUGAAGUAUGCAUUUUUGGGGGAAGGGCAAACAUUACUGGUGAUUAUUGCUUCAAAUUUGCAACCCGAGUAA